AUGGCGAGUACAAGACAGGCUCUACGCCGGCCAAUUCUUGGCAUCCGCAGUCAGACCGAUGAUGCUUUCUAUGUAUCUACUAUGUUUCUUCCAAUCUUUAAAAUUUAACACCCCACACCCCAACCCUAGCUACCAGAAUUAAGCCACCUUUUAUUCUCCUCAUAGUUAAUUCUUAGGUUGCACGAGUUGUGGGUGACUCAGAAAAAAUGGAGCGAAGGUUGGGCAGAGAAACCAAAGGCUCUCUAAGCCUACAAAAAAGGAUGGCAGAGACACGGCGUAGGGAGAAACCCGCACCGGACCUCACCGACUUCAUGAACGACAUGUUUUUCGGGGCAGCAGACAUGGACCACAAAACCUACGACCUCACAGGUAGUACAGGUGUGGCGGUGGACGACGACGACUACGACGAUGAAGGGUUCGACGACAGCACUAGAAGCAACAGUGCAAGGUUGACACAAGAAUGGUUACGAGAGGCACGACAAAUCGUCGCUUCCUCUCCUUCACGCUGUGACUCGCCGGCUCGCCCUUUAGGGUCCCCAAGGUUCGGAGCUACACAACCACCCUCACCCCUUCCCUCCUCCUCCGACCGAAGAGACGCUCUCUCUAGAACUAGGUCUGCCCGAAGAUACAGAGCAGUGGAAGGGAUCAGUGAUGAGAUACUGUCGAAAACAGCAAAACACACACGUAACAAAUCCGACACUUUCGCUCAGCCUUCAUCAGAUGGGGACGGAUCCCCUGCAACGGCGGUGCACAACUGGUUCGCCAACAUCCUCAAACCGACCAAUAACAAUAGCAACACACAACCAUCUCCUUCUCCUCCUGAUUCUCCUAAAUCUUCUCUCCCUCCACGUCAGCCUCAUCCUCGAAAGUCCCGCUUCAAAACCGAGCCCUCUGCUGCACCUCACCCGCAGGGGAUCCAGCCUCCCAAUUCGAGGCGAACCUUCAAGACUUCUACGCCGUCGCCGGAGAAUUCUCCGUCGGAUUCUGCUCCUCUUUCGCCGCCGAGGAACCUCGUGGAGUCCGCUCACCGGAGAACGAUAUCGUCUUCGACAUGCUCGCAGGAGAGGAUCGCGCCAAGGCAUGCUUUUCCGAAGGGAGAGGAAGCUAGCCUCAACGGGUUCCUCAAAGAGCAGAGAAUUUUGCUUCAGAAAAUCUCGAGAGGAGAGUUACAUGCUGCAAAUGCGCAAAUCGUGCUUUCUGGGCCUUCCAACAGCACGGCGUCCAUGGUGGCUGCCAUUUGCCACGCGUGGCUCUUAGGUUAUAGGCAGAAGGAGAACGACGGUGGAAGCGAGCGUGUGGCGGUGGUUCCUGUGAUGAAUGUGAAGCGAGGCUCCAUGUGGAAGCUGAAGCAGGCUGCGUGGCUCUUUCACCAUGCUGGUCUUGAUGCCAAUUCAUUGUUAUUCAUUGAUGAGGUGGACAUGGAAAGCCUUUUGAUGACUGGCCAACUGAGCGUCCUCGUGGUUGGACAAGAUGUCUUGAACACUACUGGCGAGGUUGGAUCCCAAUGCACAGUUGUUACUGAUAAUUACUGUGAGGAUGCCUAUGAUUUACUACAAAACUAUAUGCUGAAGAAACUAUUGCUUGCUGGUAUUCUGUUAGACACACAAAACCUAAAAGCAUCUGCAGCAAUAUCUAUGACAAGGGAUGCAGAGGCAGUCCAGUUGUUAUUGGUUGGCUCAGCCCCAAAUUACAGAUAUGCAUUAUUUGAUCAAUUGAUGCAAGACCAAAAAACUGCUUCUUUUGUUGAAGCUUUGAACCAUAACUACGGGAAGCCUCAUGUUGAAAGUGAACAAAAUAGUGAAGGAAAUACGGAGCAUAAAGUUCGUGAGAGAAAGUCAAACUCUAUAUCUGAUCGUGAACCCACCAUGUCAAAUUCAAAGACAAAUUCCUUCGACACAAAAAGUUCUAAAGCUAGCAAGGUUUCGCCAAAUCCAGUCAAACUUGUUACGCCACCUUUGCUAUCUCCUUCUCUAGCACCAGCUCCACAACAUGCAGAAAAGGAGGCCUCUCGUGGGAAAAACAAGUUCUUCUUGGCAAGGUGGUUUGGUUUUGGUUCAAAAUGAAUAUAUCUCCUCCAUGUAUGCCAUUGGCAACUUAUUCUUUGCAAAAUUCAAACCAAAAUACACAAAUUAGGAAUCCUCAGAGAUUUUCUCUUUUUUUCCUUGAUGCUUAAUAGACACAUUAUAUUCUUGAAGAUAUAAGUGUCUCGCAAAGAGCAUCAUUAUAGUGAAUUUCACCUUGUCAUAUCAGAUUUAAAAAAUGUAUUAACAAUUUCCUACUCUAUAA